CCUCACAUCAUGAAUAACGAUAUCCCUGCACUCGAUUGUCCAGCAGUUGUCAAUGAUUUGGCUGAACGUCUGGGCUCUCUAAGCCGUUUUCUCGACGGUAUCAACGACCUUAUGAAAUUCAGUUGCUUGGGAGAUCACGAAUUGCAGCACUACAGUCGAAAGAUCAUCGCUCUCACUGAAGGUGCACGCAUGACAUUGAGACGCGAGGGAGUGGCCCUGUACCUCUUCGUUAUUUGUUCAGAGGAACUUUUGCCGUACAAGUCGGCGUACUUCAAAUUUCUUCUUUGGAUCAGACACCGCAGGCCCGCGUUCCCUGCUGACAUUGGGGAUCGAAUUGCUUCUCUCUUGUCUGUUCUAAAGACUAAUUUCACUAUACGGUUCGGGGGAGUUGACACUCGUGCCCAACUGGGCAUCGAGGAGUUACUAGUGCCAAAUGACGCACCAACCCCUUGUGAAACCGUCAUCCAGACUGCAGCACAUGCGCAUGCUGCUAUUGCCUUGUCGCCACAGAAAUCAUAUGCGGCGUCGGACGCUAUGUUACCACCGGAUGCUUUGGCGAAAAAAAAGCAGAGAAUCCACCAGCUCUCACGUUAUGUGAAGUCACCAGCUGCGAAUACGCCCCCACCAGUUUCUCGGCAGUACCUUCCGAGCAACAACUGGGAGGCUCCUCGCCUCCGAAGGCCGUUCGUUCGAACAAAAGCCAUACGCUGCGAGGUUGUCCCCGAGAAUCAAUCAUCGGUCGAAGAUGAAGAUUGGGAGGCUCCUUGCCUUCAAAGGCCAUUCGUUCGAACAGAAGCCAUAUGCUGCGAGGUUGUCCCCGAUAAUCAAUCAUCGCUCGACGAUCUGUUUAUGCUGGACUGAUUGCUACCACGUUGUAUUUCAUGAAAACCAAAACAUCAUUCCCCUUUCGUUACAUGGCUGUUCCUCCGAGUUUGAAUUUUGUAAUUAUAUAUCCAUGAUCCAUCGCCUAUCCCACAAUCGACGCACAAUCCUCUUUCCUCGGCUGCCAUACCACUGUCUAGAGUCCUUUGCCCCAUCCCAUCUGUAUUGUCAUGUAUAUAUACCCCUUUCGUUUGUAACUAGAUCUCUGCUAGAGCCGCCUUGGGAUGUCA